UGUUGACUCGUUUGCUUCAGUUUUAUUAUCAAAAGUUUAGUGAAAGGUUAUCAGAUGUGCCAAGUACGAGCGAACUAAGUUUGUUCAAGGAAACUAUCGAUUUCAAAAAUGCCACAAUCGGGAUAAUAAAUCAAAUAUGUGGAGGACUGCGCGCUCGUUCCAAGAAAUAAUUUAAUAAUUCGAGGGAGAGAGUGAUGGACCUUUUGUUGCUCUUUAAUGAACGCAACGAGUGCGGCCCAUGACGUACGACCAUCCGAACAACAAUGCUGUGAUAUACAAAAAACCAGUGUUGUCUAAUCGUGUCAAAUGUCACUAUCGAAAAAAUUUCUCACCACCGUUUGGUGCGAAAUUUUUUCCCCCCGACACAAACACCAUGACCCAGCGUGAAAUUUCGAAUGAAAAGAUGAAGAAAAGAUGCCGAUCCUGCUGCCAUGUCUGCCUCCUUCUCCUGGGAAUAGCACUAAUCGGACUAGGACUCGCGAUUUUCGCCUACUUUGAACCCCUUUACGACUUUAUGAUGACAAGUGCCAUGACGUUCACACCAAAGACUGAACCGUUCAGAGUCUGGAGGAAAAACGAUCCGCCCCUCGACAUGGACAUCUAUCUCUUCAACUGGACCAACCCGCAGGACCUCCACGUCCCGGGGGUCAAGCCCAGGUUCCAGGAAGUCGGGCCUUACAGGUUCAAGGAAGUGAAGGAGAAGAUCAACAUCACGUGGCACGACAACAACAACACCAUCAGCUACAAGCACAAAAAAUCCUACUUUUUCGAUGCGAAAAACAGCGUGCGGCAGCUCAAUGACGUCAUAAACACCAUCAAUGUCGUGCCUUUGACAAUAGCGUACAAAGCCCGCAAUUUCGGCUUUUUCUCCAAACGCACAAUUUCCUACUCCCUCUCGACGUUAUCUAGUUUAUACGUGACAAAAACGGCGGGCGAGAUCCUCUUCGAUGGUUACGAAGAGAGCAUUUUGAGCAUACUAAGUACGGUCCCCCUGGCAGGAGUCGUUGAUAAGUUCGGAUUGUUUUACGGGAAAAAUAACUCAAUGGGAACCGACGGAAUUUUCAGCAUGUGGACGAAAGUCGAUGAAAAUUUCGGAAAAAUUGUGACCUGGAACUACAAAAACGAGUCGGACUUUUACGAAGGGAAGUGUAACGCUGUGAAGGGCUCAGCGGGAGAGUUUUACCCCAUCAACCAAAAGCGCGACUACAUCGAAUUCUUCUCCUCGGAAUUGUGCAAAUUCGCCAAACUCGAAUACGAAAAGGACGUCAACGUGAAGGGGGUUUUGGGGUACAAAUACACCGCGAGACACAUCUUCGACAAUGGUACGUUGCGACCGGAAAAUAAAUGUUUUUGUUCGGGCGAAUGCCACCCUUCUGGCGUUUUCAACGUGUCAAAGUGUCGCGAAAACUCGCCGACUUUUCUAUCAAUGCCGCAUUUCUACGGUGCCGAUCCUUAUUAUUAUAACACCAUCGAGGGAUUAAAACCCGAGGACAAACACGAAUUUUACAUCACUUUGGAACCGAAAUCGGGAAUAGUUCUGGAUAUCGGGGCCCGGAUGCAAGUCAACGUGCUUCUGCAGCCAAUCGAACACAUUACAAUGUACGCCGACGUCCCCAAGCUCUUCAUCCCCUUGUUCUACUUCGACCAGAGCCUCCCCGCAACCGACGAAUUGGCUUCUCUCCUGAUCAAAAUCCAGAGUCUUCCGGAAGUGAGCAACAUUGCCGUCAUGAUAUUAGUCACUUUAGGCCUCGCUUCGUUCGUCUGGGUGGUCGUAAUGUACUGCUGGUCGAAAAAACGACGACACAAAACCGAAUUGAAAAUACCUCAAAGUAACGUCGAAGAAAUCCCGCUUCGUUGUUGAAAGCUGAUUUUAAUGUUUACGAUGUACCUACACUUUUACAGUGUAAUACGAUAAUUAUUGUUACUUUAGUUUUUAUUUAUAUUAAAAACGUAAAAAGGA